AUGUCCUUUCCCAACAGCUCUCCUGCUGCUAAUACGUUUUUAGUAGACUCCUUGAUCAGUGCCUGCAGGAGUGACAGUUUCUAUUCGAGCAGCGCCAGCAUGUACAUGCCACCACCUAGCGCAGACAUGGGGACCUAUGGAAUGCAAACCUGUGGACUGCUCCCGUCUCUGGCCAAAAGAGAAGUGAACCACCAAAAUAUGGGUAUGAACGUGCACCCUUAUAUACCUCAAGUAGACAGUUGGACAGACCCGAACAGAUCCUGUCGAAUAGAGCAACCUGUUACACAGCAGGUCCCUGCCUGCCCGUUCACCGCCAACAUUAAAGAAGAAUCCAGUUGCUGCAUGUAUUCUGAUAAGCGCAACAAACUCAUUUCUGCCGAGGUCCCUUCGUACCAGAGGCUGGUACCCGAGUCCUGCCCCGUUGAGAACCCAGAGGUUCCUGUCCCUGGAUAUUUUAGACUGAGUCAGACCUACGCCACCGGGAAAACCCAAGAGUACAAUAACAGCCCCGAAAGCGGCUCCGCUGUCAUGCUCCAGCUCAACCCUCGUGGCGCGGCCAAGCCGCAGCUCUCGGCUGCCCAGCUGCAGAUGGAGAAGAAGAUGAACGAAACGGCGAGCGGCCAGGAGCCCAGCAAAGUAUCCCAAGUGGAGAGCCCCGAGGCCAAGGGCGGCCUUCCAGAAGACAGGAGCUGCCUGGCCGAGGUCUCCGUGUCCAGUCCAGAAGUGCAGGAGAAGGAAAGCAAAGAGGAAAUCAAGUCUGAUACUCCAACCAGCAAUUGGCUCACUGCAAAGAGUGGCAGAAAGAAGAGGUGCCCCUACACUAAGCACCAAACGCUGGAAUUAGAGAAGGAGUUCUUGUUCAAUAUGUACCUCACCCGCGAGCGCCGCCUAGAGAUCAGUAAGAGCGUUAACCUCACCGACAGGCAGGUCAAGAUUUGGUUUCAAAACCGCCGAAUGAAACUCAAGAAGAUGAGCCGAGAGAAUCGAAUCCGAGAACUGACCGCCAACCUCACCUUUUCUUAG